AUAGUAUGAUGUGGAGCACAAUAUCGCCAACAAACUCAAAGAAACUUUUAAUUGGCAGUACUCGAAGCGUUGACUAUGUCGGUGACAACUCCACAAAAUCAACAAAAAUUUCAAUCGCAAUGGAAAUUCAUAUACAAAAUAAGUGCAUUUCAGCAUAGCGCAUCACUCUGGAGGGUGGUGCAGAGCCCCCAUGGCUGCAGGGCCCCCUUAAAGCGGCUUUUUUGGGGGCUUCUGGCGUCGGCAAAACAAGCAUUUUACAGCAAUUUUUCUAUCACGACUUUCCGAAAAGUCAUCAAACCACAACUCGUCGCAAAGUGUAUAAAAACUGUCUGGUGUGUGACACUUGCAUACGGGAGCUGAUGGUACUCGACGUUCCGCCCCAGAAACGAUUUCCGGCUGAUAACUUUGCUGAGUGGAACAACGGACAUCCGCUGGGGUUGCGAACAGUUCAUGCAUAUGUGUUAGUAUUCGAUAUGGGAAACCUGGAAACAUUUCAGUACUGUCGCUCGAUGCGAGACCAAAUUUUGGACAGCUUCAGCCAUCGUGACUUUAGCAUAAUUGUAGUUGGCAACAAGUACGACACAAUUACCGAAACUCAAGCAAACUCCCAGGAGCUGAAAGAUAUUUCCACUUUGGUGCGCAAACACUGGCGUUGUGGCUACGUCGAGUGCUCGGCACAAUUCAACUACAAAAUAGGAGAUGUCUUUCGGGAGUUGAUGGGUUGUACUAGUACGGGCGGCAUUGUCGGUACUGAGUUCUCACAAUCAAAUAGAAACAAAGGACGCUGUACAAUACUUUAGCAAUUUCUGCAUAAGUUUUUUAAUCAAACUUUUUAGAAAUGAGCUGUAACGUGAU